GAAACAAAAAGAGUAGUGACUACAAAACCCUAAUAAGUGCCGCUCUCUGUUUCUGUGUUAGUUACUGUCAGUGUUUAGUGUUGGAUCUGAGACUGACGAAGCGUCAUUUCUUUCUUGCUGCUUCGGAAUAACGCUCGUUCACCGUCUUCAUCGAAGCGAAGCCAUGGCGUUGAUUCUGCAUGCAGGUAAAACAAACAAAAAUGCUUACAAGGCACUCAUUGCAGCUGAGUAUGUUGGUGUGCAAGUUGAGUUGGCCCCCAAUUUUGAGAUGGGUGUCUCUAACAAAACUCCAGAGUUUCUCAAGAUGAAUCCGAUUGGCAAGGUUCCGGUGUUAGAGACACCAGAGGGCCCUGUAUUUGAGAGCAAUGCAAUUGCUCGUUAUGUUGCUCGUUUAAAGGGGGACAACAGUUUAUAUGGUUCCUCGCCUAUUGAUUAUGGCCACAUCGAGCAAUGGAUUGAUUUUUCAUCAAUGGAGAUUGAUGCUAAUAUUAGUAGGUGGUUCUACCCGAGAUUGGGAUUUCUUCCUUACCUUCCUCCAGUUGAGGAGGCCGCAAUUUCUGGACUGAAGAGAGCUUUGGGUGCUUUGAACACUCACCUUACUUCCAAUACUUACCUAGUUGGGCAUUCAGUGACCCUAGCUGACAUCAUAACAACAUGCAAUUUGUAUUUGGGUUUCAGUCAUAUCUUGGUUAAGAGUUUCACUUCAGAGUUUCCUCAUGUUGAGAGAUAUUUUUGGACCAUGGUUAAUCAGCCAAACUUUCGAAAGAUACUAGGUGAAGUCAAGCAGACUGAAGCUGUUCCACCUGUUCCAUCUGCAAAGAAGCCUUCCCAGCCAAAAGAAUCUAAGCCCAAGGCGAAGAACGAGCCAAAGAAAGAAGCAAAGAAAGAGCCAGAGAAACCCAAAGUAGAGGAGGAGGAGGAGGAAGAGGCUCCCAAGCCCAAAGCCAAGAAUCCCCUUGAUCUUCUUCCUCCAAGUAAGAUGAUACUAGAUGAGUGGAAAAGGCUGUACUCCAACACCAAAACCAAUUUCCGCGAGGUUGCAAUAAAAGGAUUUUGGGACAUGUAUGAUCCAGAGGGAUACUCUUUGUGGUUCUGUGAUUACAAAUACCAAGAGGAGAACACUGUUACCUUUGUGACAAUGAACAAGGUUGGUGGUUUUCUUCAGCGGAUGGAUUUAGCUCGAAAGUAUGCAUUUGGAAAAAUGCUUGUAAUUGGAUCACAACCACCCUUCAAGGUGAAGGGGUUGUGGCUUUUCCGUGGGCCGGAAAUUCCGAAGUUUGUGCUUGAUGAAUGCUAUGAUAUGGAGCUUUAUGAAUGGACUAAGGUUGACAUAUCUGAUGAAAAUCAGAAGGAGCGGGUCAAUCAGAUGAUUGAAGAUGCCGAACCGUUCGAGGGAGAGCCUCUUUUGGAUGCUAAGUGCUUUAAGUGAACUUGUGAUUUGUUUAUCUUUGUUUUUGGUAGAGUUUGGUGUUUAUUAAUAGGACUCAAAUUUGAGCAACUUAAAGUGUUUAUCUUUUUACCUGAAUUUUGACUAUAACAAGACUAGUACAAGUGCUAUAUUUUGAAUGGUUAUAAGCAUUUAUAAAAUUUCCUUAGAUUCAA